AUGGAUUUUACAUGUUCAUCGAAUGAGUCGAAUGAAAAUAAGAAUUGCAAAAUGAACAAAACCACUUUAGGCGACAAGGAGUCCGUGAAGAAAUCCUGUGCCGCGAAAAUAUUUGAUGAAGGAAUCAAUAUUACUAAUCGUUCCGCUGAGAAUUAUCACGAGCCUCUGGAGGCCUCACAUGGAGCGCGGAUCAUGGCUAAUGAGUCUGCGAGAGAAAAGGAACAACUGGAACAGAAGAUCACCUGCCUUGAAACAGAGAUUAACGCUAAAGAGAAGGAGAAUGCCUUUCUUAAGGAAACUCUUAUUGGGAGAGACAAAGAAAUUGUUGAUCUGAGAGAAAAACUGUCCCAGCUACAACAAAACGGGCCAAGAAAUCAGUUGGAUUUUGCCAAGCAAAUGGCAAUAAUGGAUGAAAAGCUACAGGAGACAAGAAAGAACAUCGAAGAACUCGAGAAUGGCCUAAAUUACAGUUUACUGAAGAAGGAAACAAAAUCCAAGAGCGAGCCACAAACAUUUAAUGGCAAAGCUUACUUCGACAUUCAACCAUCAUGGUUUGACACUCUAUCAAACAACGCUAGAUGUCUUAAAAUUGAAAACUUUCCAAUAACAGCAAAAGAUCUUGAAGUUAUGAAGAAUACUACAUCACAUUCAAAACCCUUCACUGAGCCAGCUAAAGGCAAAGAUAACUUUAACCUCAAACUGUCAUGGUUUGACAUUCCAUCAAACAAUGCUGGAUGUCUCGAAGUUAAAAACUUUCCAGUAACAGCAAAAGAUCUCAAAGCUAGGCAGAAUGAGAAAAACACUCCAUCGGUUCAACUGCAAGGUGUUCCAGGGAGUCCAUAUUCUUACCAAAGCCCAUUACCUCCUAUUUUGGCGAGCACUGUUCCCAGUGGAUCUCAAGUAGGUUUCGCUCACCAGCAGAUCAAUCAACACUCCUUUCCUAAAACUGAACAAGGAUUCUUGAGCAGAACUUUUAACAAAUGGUUCGGAUCAUACCAUUGA